AUGGCUAAUGGUGAAAAUGUUGCUGUCAAAAUUGACCGUUUCGUGAAUAUAAACAGCACAGUUAGGAAGGAAGGCAAUAUUUACCGGGCUCUUGAAGGCGAGAAAGGUUUUCCGACCGCCAGAUGGAGUGGGAGAGAGGGCGGCUACAACAUCUUGGUGAUGGAACUUUUAGGUCUCAAUUUGCAGAAGUAUUUUGAGUUGUGUAAAUUGCCUUGGCAGGGGAUGAAAUCCAAAAUUGAGAGCCGACAGCGCGAUAAAAAGUUAGAGGUAAAACGGUCUAUAACAGUGGCAGAACUAUGUAAAGGACUUCCGGUGGAAUUCUCAGAAUAUCUAAAUAUUUGUCGAUCACUGAAAUUUGAAGAGAAACCCGAUUACGCUCGUCUUCGAAAUCUUUUCAAAAAUGCAUUCCGAGAGCAGAACUUCACAUAUAAUCACAUGUUUGACUUGAACGAUGUCAGUGGAAUCUGUAAAACUAGUCCCGAAAAUGAGGACAAUGACAGAUGUUUACCGGUUACACUUCCGUCAAGAUAA